UUCUAUGAAGUUGAUCUUUCUGAGGUGCGAAAGUAAAGUCAGAAUUAUGGUGAAGCCUUUGUUAAACAUAAAGAAACAUUCAAACAUGACUCUGACAUGGUUCAAUGAUGGAGGGAAGCUCUCAGAAAAGUAGGGACUAUCUAUCUGUGGCUGGAAUUUUUGUGAUAAGGAUGAUUCUAAGCUCAACAAAGGUGAAUCCAUUGGAUCAGAGCUCCUUGGAGCAAUCGAGACUCUCUGAUUUUCAUUGUGGUAUUUUCUAAGAACUAUGCUUCCUCAACUAUUGGUGCUUGCAAGAAUUAGAAUCCAUCCUUCACUGCAUUAAAGUCUCCGAAAGGCAUGUUCUGCCUGUUUUCUAUGAUGUUGAUCCUUAUGAGAUGAGAUAUCAAAAAGGAAAUUAUGUUGAAGCCUUUUUCAAACAUGAACAAAGAUUCCAACAAGACUCUGAGAUGGUGCAAAGAUGGAGGGAAGCUCAAACACAAGUCGCCAAUCUCUGGUUGGGAUGUGCGUCAUAACGAUGCUCAGAUUGAAAAGAUCGUCGAAGAAAUUAUGAAUAUACUGGGUUACAAGUCUACAAGUCUUCCAAAUUAUUUAGCUGGGAUGGAUUCUCUUACAGAAGAAUUAGAAAAACAUUUACUUUUGGAUUCGGUUGAUGAUGUGCGGGUUGUAGGAGUUUGUGGGAUGGGUGGAAUAGGGAAGAAAGCUAUCGCUACUGCAUUAUACAACAAAAUCUUUCAUCAAUUUCCUGUGCUCUUCCUUAUUGAUGAUCUAAGAAAAAUUUAUAGGCAUGAUGGUCCGAUCAGUGCUCAAAAGUAAACUCUAGGUGAAAAAUACCUUCAGAUAUGCAAUCUUUACAAUGCAUCUAACUUUAAACAAAGUAGGCUAUGUAGUGUAAAGUCCCUUUUAAUUCUUGACAAUGUUGAUCAAGUUGAACAACUCGAAAAACUAGCUGAGUCAUGAAUGGUUAUGUGCGGGGAGUAGAAUCAUUAUAACUUUUAGAGAUGAGCAUAUCUUGAAAGUGUUUGUUGUGGAUGUUGUCUACAAAGUUCCAUUGUUGAAUGGGACUGACUCUCUUCAAUUGCUUAGUCGGAAAGCUUUCAAAAUUGAUCAUCUCAUGAGUAGUUAUGAUAAGCUGGCAUCUGACAUACUAUGGUAUGCUAAUGGCUUACCACUAGCAAUUAAAGUAUUGGGCUCUUUUUUGUUUGUCGAGACAUCUUUGAAUGAAAAAGUGCAUUAGAUUGAGAGAUAGUUCAAACAAAGAUAUCAUGGAUCUGCUGUACUUAUGGGGGAUAUGUGCAACAUGAUAACCUAUAUAAAAUUGUCGGUUAUCGGUUGGUGUGAUAGGAAUGCUAGAGUUUUUCAACAAAAGGGGAAUUCUAUCAAUCAACUUAUAGAUAAAAUUAAGCUCCAACCCUUAUGGUGGUUGAAGGUGUAAAUCAUCCUAAUUUUGCUUUUAAUUACCCCAUGUUGUGACUUAAUCCCUUUCUUAUUUAGUUUCAUUUAGUUUAUGUCUCCGUUAAGUGUGCCUUGCUUUGUGGUUUUAACGCUUACAUUUUUGUGAUAACGUGAUGUAACAUAUACUUUUCUUCCUUAGUUCUUAUCUAAUACUUCUUGUUCUUGAGAGACUAAGUUUUGGGUUGAUAUAUUCUAUUUUAACUUCUUCAAAAAAAAAAAUUAAGGUAUGUAAUUUAAUUUUUUGUUGGUCAACUUUGUUUUUUUUUUAGUCAAAUAGUCUGGUAGGUAGAAUUCAUCUCUUAAAGUGAAAUAAGCUAGAUGUUCGGGGUUCAAACCAUGACCCCUACGAGGAUGAUCAACUUUGUGUUUAGUGCUAAUUUUUGUUGUUGAGCAAAGACAAACUUAAGCCAUUUCAUUAAUAAUCAAAGAGUACAAGUAGUCAGAUACAUCAUUAAGAAUAUGGUGGCUAGGAUGAGAUAAGGAAGUUUUAGCUAUUGUGUUCAAUUUUAUUAAAAAAUUAAUUUGUGUAGAUAUAUUAUAGUUUAUUUUGGCUGUCCAUCCGAAUAUUUUGGAUGUUUUUAUAUUUGGUCCUUCCCUUGUCACACUAUUCAUCGACUGCUUCUUUUAUAUUCCAUUGUCUCCUCAUUAAUAGAUAGAUCUCCUCGGUAAUCCAUUCAUCAACUAAUUAUUUGUGAUUGAAAGCAUAUACAUGGCCUGCAGUAUCAUCCAAAGAAGCACCAGUUCCUCUCUUCUUCGGCUAUGAUGAUCAAGUAUGACGUUUUUGUGAGCUUUAGAGGCCAAGACACACACAACAAUUUUGCCGAUCAUCUUUUUGCUGCCCUUCAAAGAAAAGGCAUCGUUGCAUUCAGGGAUGAUUCUAACCUGAAGAAAGGUGAAUCCAUAGCACCCGAGCUCCUUCAUGCAAUUGAAGCCUCAAAGGUUUUUAUUGUACUCUUCUCAAAAAACUAUGCUUCCUCAACAUGGUGCUUGCGAGAGUUGGAAUACAUCCUUCACUGCAGUCAAGUUUCUGGAACUCGUGUUCUCCCUAUUUUCUAUGAUGUUGAUCCUUCUGAGGUGAGACAUCAAAAUGGAAGUUAUGGAGAAGCCCUUGCCAAACACGAAGAAAGAUUCCAACAUGAAUCAGAGAUGGUACAAAGAUGGAGGGCAAGUCUAACACAAGUCGCCAAUCUCUCUGGUUGGGAUAUGCAUCAUAAGCCUCAAUAUGCAGAGAUUGAAAAGAUUGUUGAAGAGAUAACGAAUAUAUCGGGUCACAAAUUUUCAUGUCUUCCAAAAGAAUUAGUUGGAAUAAAUUAUCCUAUAGAAAAAGUAGCAAAUCUAUUACUUUUGGACUCCGUUGAUGAUGUUCGGGUUGUAGGAAUUUGUGGGAUGGGUGGAAUAGGGAAGACAACUCUUACUACUGCUUUAUGUGGUAGAAUCUCUCAUCGAUUUGAUGUACGUUGUUUUAUUGAUGAUCUAAGCAGAAUAUAUAGACAUGAUGGUCCAAUUGGUGCACAAAAGCAAAUCCUACACCAAACUCUUGGCGGGGAACACUUUCAAAUAUACAAUCUAUAUGACACAACUAAUUUGAUACAAAGUAGGCUACGCCGCCUACGAGCACUUAUAAUAGUUGAUAAUGUUGAUAAAGUUGAACAACUUGAUAAAUUAGCUGUGAAUCGUGAAUGCUUAGGUGCAGGGAGUAGAAUCGUUAUAAUUUCUAGAGAUGAACAUAUCUUGAAAGAGUAUGGAGUUGAUGUAGUUUACAAAGUUCCACUCUUGAAUGGGACUAACUCUCUUCAAUUGUUUUGUCAAAAAGCUUUCAAACUUGAUCAUAUUAUGAGUAGUUUUGAUAAGUUGACAUUUGACAUACUCAGUUAUGCUAAUGGUCUACCGCUAGCAAUUAAAGUAUUGGGAUCAUUUUUGUUUGGUCGAGACAUCUAUGAAUGGAAAAGUGCAUUGGCUAGAUUGAGCAAAAGUCCAAACAAAGAUAUCAUGGAUGUGAUGCGAUUAAGUUUUGAAGGGUUAGAAAAAUUGGAAAAAGAAAUAUUUCUUGACAUUGCUUGUUUUUUCAUUCAGAGCAAGAAGAUUUAUGUCCAAAAAGUUCUAAAUUGCUGUGGAUUCCAUGCUGAUAUUGGAUUAAGAGUUCUAAUUGAUAAAUCACUUCUAAGCAUUUCAGAGGAAAAUAAUAUUGAAAUGCAUAGUUUGUUAAAAGAAUUGGGCAGAGAAAUUGUCCAAGAAAAGUCAAUCAAAGAUUCAAGAAGGUGGAGUAGGGUGUGGCUCCAUGAACAACUCCACAAUAUUAUGUUAGAGAAUGUGGAAAUGAAGGUUGAAGCCAUAUAUUUUCCCUGUGAUAUAGACGAAAACGAAACAGAAAUAUUAAUCAUGGGUGAAGCAUUGUCCAAAAUGAGUCAUCUUAGAUUGCUCAUACUCAAGGAAGUGAAGUUCGCAGGGAACCUCGGCUGCCUUUCUAACGAGUUAAGAUACGUAGAGUGGGGUAGAUAUCCUUUCAAGUAUUUGCCAGCAUGUUUUCAGCCCAAUCAACUUGUUGAAUUGAUCAUGAGGCAUAGCAGCGUCAAACAACUAUGGAAAGACAAGAAGUAUUUGCCCAAUUUGAAAAUUUUGGAUCUAAGCCACUCAAAGAAUCUAAGAAAGGUGCCAGAUUUUGGAGAGAUGCCAAAUCUAGAAGAGCUAAAUCUCAAAGGCUGUAUAAAGCUUGUGCAGAUUGAUCCAUCAAUUGGGGUUCUAAGAAAGCUUGUUUUCAUGAAAUUGAAAGAUUGCAAAAAUCUAGUAAGCAUACCGAACAACAUACUUGGUCUCAGCUCUCUUAAAUAUCUAAAUCUUUCCGGGUGUUCCAAAGUGUUUAACAAUCCAAGGCAUUUGAAGAAAUUUGAUUCGAGUGAUAUUUUAUUUCAUUCCCAAUCAACAACUUCCUCCUUGAAAUGGACCACAAUUGGUUUGCAUUCCUUGUAUCAUGAAGUUUUAACUAGUUGUUUGCUACCUUCUUUUCUUAGCAUAUACUGUUUGAGUGAAGUUGAUAUCAGUUUCUGUGGUCUAAGCUAUCUCCCUGAUGCAAUUGGAUGUCUACUUCGACUAGAAAGAUUAAAUAUAGGGGGGAACAAUUUUGUGACACUGCCUAGCCUGAGGGAGCUUUCCAAACUUGUAUAUUUAAACUUGGAGCAUUGCAAGCUUUUGGAAUCUUUGCCUCAACUUCCUUUUCCUACUGCUUUCGAGCAUAUGACAACAUAUAAGAGGACAGUAGGAUUGGUCAUUUUCAACUGUCCUAAAUUGGGUGAGAGUGAAGAUUGCAAUAGCAUGGCAUUUUCAUGGAUGAUACAAUUGAUUCAGGCAAGACAACAACCCUCCACUUUCUCCUAUGAAGACAUCAUUAAAAUUGUUAUUCCUGGAAGUGAAAUACCAAUUUGGUUCAACAAUCAGAGCGAGGGUGAUUCAAUAAGAAUGGACCUAUCUCAGAUUAUGGACAACAAUGACAAUGAUUUCAUUGGCAUUGCUUGUUGUGCAGUAUUCUCCGUUGCACCUGUUGAUCCAACUACGACAACAUGUGCACGGAGACCCAAAAUAGAGCUAAGAUUUUCUAAUAGUAAUAGUCACUUGUUUUCAUUUAUCAUCAUUCCAGUCAUUCUUGAAAGAGAUCAUAUCGUGGUCAAAUCAAAUCACAUGUGCUUAAUGUAUUUCCCUCAGAAAUCAUUAUUUGAUAUUCUGAAGUGGAUAGACGGAACUCUCACACAUCUUGAUGAUAUCAAUAUGAAAGCUAGCAUUAUGAAGGGCCAAGGUCUGGAUUUGGAGGUGCAGAAUUGCGGGUAUCAUUGGGUUUAUAAACCGGAUCUACAAGAGUUAACAAUGAUGCAUCCCGGAAAUUCUGUAGCUCGGAAGCGCAAGUUUUUGGCAAUUGAAGAUGAGGCACAACCAUAAUCAUUCAUUUAGUCAUAUAAAACCAUUAGUUGGAUUGCAACUGUACUCUAAGAUGAUAUAUUAGUAUCUAAUAAUUACUUUUCAUGCCUUCCAUUCUUA